AUGCUUUAUAAACUUGGCAAAAGCCUAAAAGCAAAGGAAUAUGUUGAGAAGGCCCUUGCCAUAACAACCAAAAUUGGCGACAGAAGCGGAGAAGCAUCAUGUUAUGGAAACUUAGGUACUGUGUUUGAGUCCCUUGGCCAAUACGACAAGGCUGAAGAGUAUCUCCAAAAAGCACUUGUCAUCACAACUGAAAUUGGCGACAGAGAAGGGGAGGCAACUAACUAUGGAAACCUAGGUACUGUGUUUAAGUCGCUUGGCCAAUACGACAAGGCUGAAGAAUAUCACCAAAAAGCGCUUGUCAUCAGAACUGAAAUUGGCGACAGAGGAGGGGAGGCAUCAUGUUAUGGAAACCUCGGUACUGUGUUUAAGUCGCUUGGCCAAUACGACAAGGCUGAACAGUAUCUCCAAAAAGCGCUAAUCAUCACAACUGAAAUUGGCGACAGAGAAGGGGAGGCAACUAACUAUGGAAUCCUAGGUACUGUGUUUAAGUCGCUUGGCCAAUACGACAAGGCUGAAGAGUAUCUCCAAAAAGCGCUAGUCAUCACAACUGAAAUUGGCGACAGAGAAGGUGAAGCAACUAACUAUGGAAACCUAGGUACUGUGUUUACGUCGCUUGGCCAAUACGACAAGGCUGAAGGUUAUCUCCAAAAAGCGCUUGUCAUCAAAACUGAAAUUGGCGACAGAGAAGGGGAAGCAUCAUGUUAUGGAAACCUAGGUACUGUGUUUACGUCGCUUGGCCAAUAUGACAAGGCUGAAGAGUAUCUCCAAAAAGCGCUUGUCAUCACAACUGAAAUUGUCGACAGAGAAGGGAAAGCAUCAUGUUAUGGAAACCUAGGUACUGUGUUUGAGUCGCUUGGCCAAUACGACAAGGCUGAAGAGUAUCUCCAAAAAGCGCUUCUCAUCACAACUGAAAUUGGCGACAGACAAAAGGAAACAUCAUGUUAUGGAAACCUAGGUACUGUGUUUCUGUCCGUUGGCCAAUACGAAAAGGCUGAAGAGUAUCUCCAAAAAGCACUAGUCAUCACAACUGAAAUUGGCGACAGAGAAGGGGAGGCAACUAACUAUGGAAACCUAGGUACUGUGUUUACGUCGCUUGGCCAAUACGACAAGGCUGAAGAGUAUCUCCAAAAAGCGCUUGUCAUCAGAACUGAAAUUGGCGACAGAGGAGGGGAAGCAUCAUGUUAUGGAAACCUAGGUACUGUGUUUGAGUCGCUUGGCCAAUACGACAAGGCUGAAGAGUAUCUCCAAAAAGCGCUUGUCAUCACAACUGAAAUUGGCGACAGAAAAGGGGAAGCAUCAUGUUAUGGAAACCUAGGUACUGUGUUUGAGUCGCUUGGCCAAUACGACAAGGCUGAAGAGUAUCUCCAAAAAGCACUUGUCAUCAGAACUGAAAUUGGCGACAAAAAAGGGGAAGCAUCAUGUUAUGGAAACCUAGGUACUGUGUUUAUGUCCGUUGGCCAAUACGACAAGGCUGAAGAGUAUCUCCAAAAAGCGCUUGUCAUCACAACUGAAAUUGGCGACAGAGAAGGGGAGGCAGCUAACUAUGGAAACCUAGGUACUAUGUUUGUGUCGCUUGGCCAAUACGACAAGGCUGAAGAGUAUCUCCAAAAAGCGCUUGUCAUCACAACUGAAAUUGGCGACAGAGAAGGGGAGGCAACUAACUAUGGAAACCUAGGUACUGUGUUUAAGUCGCUUGGCCAAUACGACAAGGCUGAAGAGUAUCUCCAAAAAGCGCUUGUCAUCACAACUGAAAUUGUCGAAAGAGAAGGGGAAGCAUCAUGUUAUGGAAACCUAGGUACUGUGUUUGAGCUGCUUGGCCAAUACGACAAGGCUGAAGAGUAUCUCCAAAAAGCGCUAGUCAUCACAACUGAAAUUGGCGACAGACAAAAGGAAGCAUCAUGUUAUUGAAACCUAGGUACUGUGUUUCUGUCCGUUGGCCAAUACGACAAGGCUGAAGAGUAUCUCCAAAAAGCGCUUGUCAUCAGAACUGCAAUUGGCGACAGAAAAGGGGUAGCAUCGUGUUAUGGAAACCUAGGUACUGUGUUUCUGUCCGUUGGCCAAUACGACAAGGCUGAAGAGUAUCUCCAAAAAGCACUAGUCAUCACAACUGAAAUUGGCGACAGAGAAGGGGAGGCAACUAACUAUGGAAACCUAGGUACUGUGUUUACGUCGCUUGGCCAAUACGACAAGGCUGAAGGUUAUCUCCAAAAAGCGCUUGUCAUCAAAACUGAAAUUGGCGACAGAGAAGGGGAAGCAUCAUGUUAUGGAAACCUAGGUACUGUGUUUGAGUCGCUUGGCCAAUACGACAAGGCUGAAGAGUAUCUCCAAAAAGCGCUUGUCAUCACAACUGCAUUUGGCGACAGAAAAGGGGUAGCAUCAUGCUAUGGAAACCUAGGUACUGUGUUUAAGUCGCUUGGCCAAUACGACAAGGCUGAAGAGUAUCUCCAAAAAGCGCUUGUCAUCACAACUGAAAUUGGCGACAGAGAAGGGGAAGCAUCAUGUUAUGGAAACCUAGGUACUGUGUUUGAGUCGCUUGGCCAAUACGACAAGGCUGAAGAGUAUCUCCAAAAAGCGCUAGUCAUCACAACUGAAAUUGGCGACAGAGAAGGGGAGGCAACUAACUAUGGAAACCUAGGUAGUGUGUUUGAGUCGCUUCGCCAAUACGACAAGGCUGAAGAGUAUCUCCAAAAAGUGCUAGUCAUCACAACUGAAAUUGGCGACAGACAAAAGGAAGCAUCAUGUUAUGGAAACCUAGGUACUGUGUUUAAGUCGCUUGGCCAAUACGACAAGGCUGAAGAGUAUCUCCAAAAAGCGCUUGUCAUCACAACUGAAAUUGGCGACAGAGAAGGGGAGGCAACUAUCUAUGGAAACCUAGGUACUGUGUUUGAGUCGCUUAGCCAAUACGACAAGGCUGAAGAGUAUCUCCAAAAAGCGCUAUUCAUCACAACUGAAAUUGGCGGCAGACAAAAGGAAGCAUCAUGUUAUGGAAACCUAGGUACUGUGUUUCUGUCCGUUGGCCAAUACGACAAGGCUGAAGAGUAUCUUCAAAAAGCGCUUCUCAUCAGAACUGCAAUUGGCGACAGAAAAGGGGUAGCAUCAUGUUUUGAAACCUAGGUACUGUGUUUACGUCGCUUGGCCAAUACGACAAGGCUGAAGAGUAUCUCCAAAAAGCGCUUGUCAUCACAACUGAAAUUGGCGACAGAGAAGGGGAAGCAUCAUGUUAUGGAAACCUAGGUACAGUGUUUGAGUCGCUUGGCCAAUACGACAAGGCUGAAGAGUAUCUCCAAAAAGCGCUAGUCAUCACAACUUAAAUUGGCGACAGACAAAAGGAAGCAUCGUGUUAUGGAAACCUAGGUACUGUGUUUCUGUCCGUUGGCCAAUACGACAAGGCUUAAGAGUAUCUCCAAAAAGCGCUUCUCAUCAAAACUGAAAUUUCAAUUCUAUUUUCAAUUCUAUCAUUGGUCACAAAAGUGUGACGUACAAAACCGAAAUUCAUCCCCCCACCUCUCCCUUCCUCAAAAGAAAUAUGAAAAACUAUUAAGCAUGUGAUAACAAGUGAUGUGGUUAUGUUGGAGCAAAUUACCGAUCCACUCCGUCCGUUUUCUUUUUUUUUUUUUUUCCUUUUUUUGUUUAGUAUUGUGUUAAUAAAAAUAAUGUUUCCCUGAUAACAGGAGAGGGUUGCAAUGCAAACUUAACAGCAGAAGCCAUGACACCUUUCAUGAGCUUCGCCUUACUUGUUGCCCGGUUCUUGCUCAACUCAGAUCGCAUUCAGAAAGCCAUUGAGAUAUGCAGCGAAUGUCUCCAAAAAGCGCUUGUCAUCGCAACUGAAAUUGGCGACAGAGAAGGGGAAGCAUCAUGUUAUGGAAACCUAGGUACUGUGUUUAAGUCGCUUGGCCAAUACGACAAGGCUGAGGAGUAUCUCCAUAAAGCGCUUGUCAUCACAACUGAAAUUGGCAACAGAGAAGGGGAAGCAUCAUGUUAUGAAAACCUAGGUACUGUGUUUAAGUCGCUUGGCCAAUACGACAAGGCUGAAGAGUAUCUCCAAAAAGCGCUUGUCAUCACAACUGAAAUUGGCGACAGAGGAGGGGAGGCAACUAACUAUGGAAACCUAGGUACUAGAACUGUUGGUGAUUUUUAAGCUUCGGAAGUAUGCUUGGAGAAAGCCUUAUUAAUAUCCAGAGAUAUUGGAGAUGGAAGAAAAGAGUUCGAAAUCCUCGGAAGCUACGCCGUUUUGUAUUUGUACCAAUAUAAAAUCAAAGACUCCCUGUCGUGUCUUCAUCUGUGCAUUGAAAAGUAUGAGGAGCUGAGAUAUUUCUUGGGCGCCAAUGAUCAGUUCAAAACAUCAUUACUGGAGGACACAGGAAUAUUUCCUUACAAACUGCUUUGUGCUUUGCUUUGUGCCACCGGAAAUGCUCGGGAUGCUAUUUAUGUUGAGGAGUUGGGUCGAGCUAGAGGCCUAUCAGACUUAAUGGCAGAGAAGUACUCGGUUGAAACGCACAUAUCUGCUAAUCCACAAUCUUGGUUUGGCAUUGAGAACAUUUUUAGAGGGAAAAAUAACUGUACUUGCCUGUAUAUUUCUUAUUUUCGCAAUCAUCUGCAUUUGUGGAUCUUGAAAACAAGUGGAGUCCUUCACCAUAGAAGAAUUUCACCAGAAGAUAAUCUAGUUCAGGCUGGGUUGCCCAAAGAUUUACCUUACUUGAGUAAAUUUUUGGAUGAUAAUUUCCGGAGUCUUGGUAUUUUGCCCACUAAAGAUUGUGAAGAUCGGUCUUUAAAUACGAUUAAAUUGCAACCUCUCUCCCCCGCGCAAAAGAGCUCAGCAAGAUUACGACUCGUGGAGGAGGUCGAGGACGAAGACGAGGACGAGAAAGUGAUUUCAAGUCUACAUUUAUGUUACAAAAUGUUCAUUGCCCCCGUUUAUGAUUUGCUUGAUGAGCCUGAAGUCAUUAUUGUUCCUGACCGCAGGUUGUACAAAGUUCCCUUUGCUGCCCUGAGUGAAAAGGAAGGAGCCGAAUACUUGUCAGAGACUCAUAAGAUCCGUAUCAUUCCUUCGUUGACAACACUCAAGAACAUUCAAGAUAGUCCAGAGGACUAUCACAGCAACACUGGUGCCUUGGUAAUAGGCAAUCCCAAGGUUAAUUGGCUGCAACCAUUGCCAGCUGCAAGAAAGGAAGCGGAGAUGGUCGGACGAUUGGUGGGUGUUCCGCCUCUAGUUGAAGAGAAAGCAACGAAGCAGGCGGUACUUGAGUGGAUAAGUUCAGUGAGCUUGAUACAUUUUGCUGCCCAUGGUGACGCGGAAAGAGGAGAAAUUGCACUCUCCCCCAUUCCUACUCCCAACAGUCAAAACGCUAUCCCGAAGGAAGCUUACAUGUUGACGAUGGCUGAUAUCUCACGAGUGAAAGUCAGACCUAAACUGGUGGUACUUAGCUGCUGUCACAGUGGAAGUGGAGAGAUAAGAGCCGAGGGAGUUAUAGGAAUUGCCCGUGCGUUCUUAGGAUCCGGUGCUCGCUCGGUGUUGGUUGCGCUGUGGGCCAUUCCAGACUCAGCAACAGAGCAGCUGAUGAGUCGGUUCUACGAACACCUCAUUGAAGGUGGAAGUGCCAGUGAAUCCCUUCAUCAUGCCAUGAAGUGGAUGAGAAAAAACGGCUUGAACAAAAUGUCUGAGUGGGCUUCGUUUACGCUGAUUGGAGAUGAUGUG